CUCGACAUCUUCAGGGAAGAUGAAUCCAUAAUACACAAUGCAUACAUAAAUACAAAAAUCGUUGGAGAUUUCGUAAACUUUGACAUUCCGCUCUGUGUCCUUUGUGUAAUAAUUCAUGUGGUAUUUUAAUGUGAAGACAACAGAUCUGUUAGAAGAGACUAAGAGGAUGAGUUCGGCUGUUUUGAAAUCAUCUACUGAGAGAAUGGAACGAGCUCCUGAUACAAAGGAUCAUGAUUCUGGAGAAAAUGACGAGAAUAACCGAAACGCCGAGAAUUCCUCGCAGGAGAAGAAGCAAUGGGCCCUCUCUGAUUUUUCAAUGGGGAAAAAAAUAGCCAAGGGUUCGUUUGGAAUCGUUUAUUCUGCAAAGGAAAAGCAUCAAGACGUCGUGGUUGCCAUGAAAAUUUUAUUCAAAACAGAAAUCGCCAAGACUGAGAUGAAGCAGCAAGUGCGAAAGGAAAUUGAAAUUCACACGCAUUUGAAUCAUCCAAACAUCCUGAGGAUGUACGGUUGGUUCCAAGACGAAAAGAGGAUCUUCAUGGUGAUGGAAUUGGCACCGGGUCGCGAUUUACUGACAAUAAUGAACAACAUCCCUAUCAAGAGGUUCAGCGAACCAGUAGCUGCUUCUUAUGUGAGCCAGUUGACAGAGGCGAUGAAGUACAUCCAUAAGAAGAGGAUAAUUCAUCGAGAUGUCAAGCUGGAAAACAUUGUCCUAGGGAAGGACAAUGUUCUGAAGUUGACGGACUUUGGAUGGGCUAUCCACACACCCACCUGUAAGUCCUUCGGGAUAAGUAAAGUACGUGGCAACAUGGCCCCUGAGAUGCUUCUCAAUAAACCAUACGACCAUGCUGUCGAUAUCUGGGCUAUUGGAGUCGUUGGAUUCCACUUGAUUACAGGAAUGUUUCCCUUUUUCGCGCGAGAUAAAGAGCACGUUGUCAAGAAAAUCACAAAUGUUGAGAUCGAGUUCCCCGAUCAAAGACCUUGCAGUGAUGAUGCUCGUGAUUUAAUUUCAAAGCUGAUUGUUUUCGACCCUGCUAAGAGACUGACUCUAGGACAAAUAUCAAAACACGAAUGGAUUUUGAAGAACCGUUGAGUAUCAGAAAUAUUUUAUUGAUGGUUACCAAAAAGUGUCAGUUAAAUUAUAUUAUCUAAUAAAGGUGAUGUUUUCUACU